AUUGAACCGGACAAGUUUUUAAUGUUCAUUUCUACAGUCUUGUGCGGAUUUUAGAGCAGUUAAUCUAAAGACUACUGUGAUUCUAUUUGACUGUGUUUCUACUUUCUAAGAUAAUAAUUUUGCAUUUAUAUUUUUGGGAGUUAUUAUCUGCGGGAGUGGCAGCAUGGACCCAACAUGAACACACAACUACAGUUCAUAAUUCUCUUUUUAUUAUUCCAGUUUGUUUGGCAAAUUUGAUGCCUUUCAAUACUAUGUACAAGGUUUUCCAAUUCACUUUCUGUUUGAUCCUUUUCUUCUCAUUUUUCUCUUGUAUUAACGAAUGCAGGUUGAAGAUGUCUCACAGGAGAGAAAGGAGAGACAGUAGGCACUCAGAGAUUGAAGAGUUAGAGUAUAGGCACUAUAAACAAUUGAGGGAUGGAAAAAUCAAAAUCAGUGGUUCUGGGAAAUAUCUUGUCUGCCCUUUUUGCCGGGAUCACAGCAGACGAGAUUAUGAUCUCUUGGAUCUAGAACGACAUGCAUCCAGAAUUGCUAAAGAGUCAAAAAGUGCUAGCUUCAGCGACAAAGCUAGACAUCUAGGACUGAUUAAGUAUUUGCAUUGGUAUGGCCAUAGGAAGGGGGAAUUGUCGCAAUCAACUAAGAGAAGUCCUGAGCGUUCAGAUAAUUAUGAAGAUGAUAAGAGGAAAUCUCCAGAAACCGACAGAGAUAGCAAGUUACAGCAGAGAGACACCGAGAGAACUAUUCAAGACGUGAAGAAACUUAUAGAGGGAGAUGAUUCAUCAAUCCAUACUACUGUCAUAGUUACUGAACCGUGGGAAACAUUACCAGGACCACAUCAAAUAGCAACACGGAAAGGUGAUAUAGCUGUUAAAGCGGAUGAUUUCGAAACUGAACCUGGAGAAAUAAUCAGGGAAUCAGCAGAUGUUGGUGUGAUUGCCAAAGAGACAUUAGUGAAAUCUUGUGGAAGAGAUCUCAAACAGGAGUUUCAAUCCCGACGUGGUUCAGCUGUGAGGCCAUCUGCUCAUAAAGGUGACGAUGAGCCUAUUGUUUGGCCUUGGAUGGCUGUUCUUGCGAACCUUCCCGUUGAGAAAAAGAAUGGAAAAUAUGCCGGUGACAGCUGUCGGAAGCUAAAAGAUGAAUGGGUUAACCAAGGAUACAAUCCGGUAAAAGUUCAUCCUUUGUGGGACUUCCGGGGUCACUCGGGGUUUGCAAUUGUUGAAUUUAAGAAGGAUUGGGAGGGAUUCAACAAUGCUAUGGCUUUUGAAAAAACAUUUGAAACGAGUCGCUACGGGAAGAGAGAUUGGUACGCGAGACGAGAUAAAGGAGAUAAGCUGUAUGCUUGGCUUGCCCGUGAAGAAGAAUAUAGGGGAAUGGGUCUUAUCGGCAAACACCUUCGCAGGCAUGGAGAUCUUAAGAGCGUGUCUGAGAUACAAAAGGAAGACAGAAGGAAAGAAACCUCCCUAAUGUGCAACUUGACCAUUGAAUUGGAGACAAAGAGUAAAGAAUGCGAGGAGAUAAAGAAGAACAUUAGCAAGACUGAAGUUUUUAUGCGAAAUAUUGUAGAACAAAAGGAAGAGAUGACUCAAAAAUACAAUGAAGAGAUGGAGAAGAUGCAGGCUGUUGCAUCUGAGUUUUCCCAAAGAAUUUAUGAGGAUCACGAGAGAAGCAGAGCAGAGUUGGAGGCUCGAAGAGAAGAGUUGAAGUCAAGGGAAAAGGAACUUAAACAACGUCAAGCACUGAACAAGAGUGAGAACAGGGAGCUGGAGGAACACAAGAAAAUGAAUGAGAUGGCAAUCUUGAAGCAAAAGAAAGCUGAUGAAAAUAUGUUGAAACUUGCAGAAGAACAAAAGAGACAAAAGGAACUUUUUCACAACAAGAUUAUAGAACUUGAAGCAAACCUUGACCAGAAGCAAGCACUGGAGUUGCAGGUAGAACGCCUGAGGGGUGCUGUUGAGGUGAUGAAACACAUGGCUGAUGAAGGAGAUAUGGAAGAGAAGAAGAAGUUGGAGUCAAUCGAAGAGGAGCUUCAGGAGAAAGAAGAAGAACUUGAUGGUGUUGGAUCUUUAAAUCAAGCUCUUAUUAUCAAGGAGAGAAAUACCAAUGAUGAGUUGCAGGAAGCUCGCAAGCAGCUGAUAGAAGUUCUCAAGGAUAGUCGAGCCAACAUAUGUGUCAAGAGGAUGGGAGAACUUGAUGGCAAGCCAUUUGUCAAAGCUGCAAAAAUAAAAUAUGCUGGUGAAGAUGAAAUUACAAAAGCGAUGGAGCUCUGCUCACUGUGGGAAGAUCACCUUAGGGAUCCAAGCUGGCAUCCAUACAAGGUGGUUAUGGAAGGAGGAGCUCAUAAGGAAGUUCUGGACGAAAAUGACGAAAAGUUGAACGAGCUGAAAACUGAAUUCGGCGAAGAAGUGUACAAGAGUGUGACCAAGGCUCUGGAUGAGAUGAAUGAGUACAACCCAAGUGGUAGGUAUCCAGUACCAGAGCUGUGGAACAACAGCGAAAACAGGAAAGUCAAAUUGAAAGAGGGGAUUCAGCAUUUACUUAAACAGUGGAAGCUUCACAGAGGAAAAAGGCGAAGGAACUGAAGGAAGAGUUCCAAGUGCUGGAAUUGAUGCCUCUACCAUAUUGAUAUUUUGGGCUAACUGUAUAUCUCGUUUCUUUAAUCGGAUAACCGAGGAGUUCUAACAAAUUACAAAGAUGAGUGUCUCAGAAUGCCGGGGAUAUUUCAGCUUCGUAUGACUCGUGACAUUAUAGAAGUUGUGACUCGAAUUAAAUGGCAUUUUUUACUAGAUUAUUU